AUGGCAUCGACACUCAGAUUGGGGAGCGCUGCGCUCCGUUCCACCUCUUUUGCCUCCAAGCCCGCCGUUCAGUCUGCGGCUUUCAAUUGCUUUCGCUCCUACUCAUCUGCAAAGUCCAAGUCUUUGAAAGACACGUUCGCCGACAAGCUUCCUGGUGAAGUUGAGAAGGUUAAGAAGUUGAGAAAGGAAUUCGGUUCCAAGGUUUUGGGAGAAGUGACUCUCGAUCAAGUCUAUGGAGGUGCCCGUGGUGUGAAAUCUCUUGUCUGGGAGGGAUCUGUUCUCGAUUCGGAGGAGGGUAUUCGUUUCCGAGGAUAUACGAUCCCCGAAUGCCAGAAAUUACUACCUAAAGCGCCAGGCGGCGAGGAGCCUCUUCCAGAAGGUCUUUUCUGGCUGCUCCUUACGGGAGAAGUCCCCAGCGAGCAACAGGUCCGUGACCUUUCUGCCGAAUGGGCUGCUAGAUCCGACGUUCCCAAAUUCGUCGAGGAGCUCCUCGAUCGCUGCCCAAACACUUUGCAUCCAAUGGCUCAGUUCUCCCUCGCCGUUACUGCCCUCGAACAUGAAUCCUCCUUCGCAAAGGCCUAUGCCAAGGGCAUCAACAAGAAGGACUACUGGCAAUACACUUUUGAGGACUCUAUGGACUUGAUUGCUAAAUUGCCCAGUAUCGCCUCCAAAAUCUACCGCAACGUGUUCAAGGAUGGCAAGGUUGCGCCAAUCCAGAAAGACAAGGAUUAUGGCUUCAAUUUGGCCAACCAGCUCGGUUAUGGAGAGAACAAGGACUUUGUCGAGCUUAUGCGCCUUUACCUGACCAUCCACUCCGACCAUGAGGGUGGCAACGUCAGCGCCCAUACCACUCAUCUCGUCGGCAGCGCUCUUAGCUCCCCUAUGCUUUCUCUUGCUGCCGGCUUGAACGGCCUCGCUGGCCCUCUUCACGGAUUGGCUAACCAGGAGGUGCUCGUCUGGCUCCAGAAGAUGAAGAAGGCCAUUGGCAACGACCUCAGCGAUCAGGCCAUCAAGGAUUACCUCUGGUCCACCCUGAAUGCUGGUCAGGUUGUUCCCGGUUACGGCCACGCCGUCCUCCGCAAGACUGAUCCUCGCUACGUCUCUCAGCGCGAGUUCGCCCUCCGCAAAUUGCCUGAUGACCCAAUGUUCAAGCUCGUCAGCCAGGUCUACAAGAUUGCUCCCGGCGUUCUUACCGAGCAUGGCAAGACGAAGAACCCUUACCCUAAUGUGGAUGCUCACUCUGGUGUUCUCCUUCAGUACUAUGGCUUGACCGAGGCCAGCUACUACACCGUCCUCUUCGGUGUGUCCCGUGCUCUUGGUGUCCUGCCACAGUUGAUCAUCGACCGUGCUCUCGGCGCACCGAUUGAGCGCCCCAAGUCCUUCAGCACCGAGGCGUAUGCCAAACUUGUUGGCGCCAAGUUGUAA